UUAGGCACUUAAAGUGUGUCAAGUAUGGAAGUGCUUGAAUUAACACGCCACUAUUGUGUUGGAUCAUUACUCACACUAUACAGGUGUGAUAGAACUACAUCUAGCCUCCCUUUUUAUUAGAACUGGACAGUAGAAGUGUAUGUUCUGAUUGUUUUGUCUCUUUUUGUAUGAUAACAUCACUUGACAGUGACCACAUGGAGAAUAUUGAUGGCUACUUGAUGAAGUAUACCAACCUGGUGACAGGCUGGCAGUACAGGUUCUUUGUUCUCAACAAUGAAGCGGGCUUGCUGGAGUACUUUGUCAACGAGCAGUCACGGCCGCAGAAACCGCGUGGCAUGCUCGCCCUGGCAGGGGCGGUCAUCUCCCCCAGCGACGAGGACUCGCACACUUUCACUGUCAAUGCAAUCAGUGGCGAGCAGUACAAGCUCAGGGGUGUGUUUGAACAGCCUUAUUCUGAUGAGGGAUGGGAAUAAUAGUAAUCGAUUAUUUAAAUGACUGUACAGUAAUCCCUAAUUUAUUGCGGUUAAAUUGGUUCUAUACACAAUAGUGAUAAGUGAAUCUCUCUGAAGUAGGAUUCCUUAUUUAUAAAUGGAAUAUUUUUGUAGUUUACAACCUUCUAAAUACGGUUUUUAGUUACCGCCCUCUAGACAUGAAUGUAUUCACCUCUACACUCCAACUACACAGUAUAGUAGACAUAAUACGUGAAAAUAAGACAAAAAUAACAAUUAAUAUAGAAUCAUACAUGUUAGCUUUGGGAAAGUUUCUUGUUCCGCUUUCUGGACAGUUUUUCCUGCAAUGGCACCUGUCCCGUCAGUGUAACAUUACUGACACCUACUGACCAGUGUAGAAUACUACAUAUCACAACACAUCUUUCACUGCGUUUUCUGAAUAUCUUAUACCGGGGCAGUCCAAAGUGCGGCCCGCGGUCCAUUUGUGGUGAGCGGGUGUCUUUUUAUUGGCCUGGGGCCCAUUGUAAAAAUAUAAUUUAAUGAGAAAACUUAAAAAAAAAAAAAAAAGAAAAACAGCAACCAUAAUUUUACUAGAAUAAAGUCAAAAUAUUAAGAGAAAAAAGUUAUAAUCGAACAAAAAUAAAAUUGCAAGUUGCAGUACUAUGAGGAAAGAUCAUGUGAUUUUAGUAGAAUAAAGUUUAAAUAAUUUUGAAAACAACUUUUUUUAAAGCUGUUAUAUGAAAAAGCAAAAGGAAUAAAGUGGUAAUUUAAUAUUUGGAAAGUUAGGUUGUGGAAAAAGUUUAGAAGAAUAAAGUCAAAAUAUUAUGGGAAGAAAGUCAUAAUUACACAAAAUUUACAAGAAUAAAGAUGAAAUAGUUGGAAAAUAAAAAAAUAGCAGAAAUGAAAAAAACAGUUGUAUUUUUAUGAAAAUAAAGUGGAAAAUAACGUGUACUGUACAAUAUAAAGUAAAUAAAUAUAAUAAAUGUAAUUUAACAAGAAAACUAAAAACAGCAAAAAUUGAGAAAUCAGCAUAACCUCGUCGGAGACAAAAAAGUGAGUAAAAACACCUUAAUAAUAUUUAGAACUACAAAUAAACUUGAUUCUUAGUUUGUUCAUUUAAAAUUGGCCAUUACUUCAUCAAAAUGAAAUAACUUUAAUAUUUUAUAUAUCUUCAAAGUCUAGAUUUAGUAGUUCGAUCCAUUUAGAAAGACUUAAAAAAGACUAAUCCAUGCCUUUGUCUUCAGCAGGCUAGACUACUGUAACUGCCUUCUCACCAGGCUCUCUAAACGAGCAGUACACACCUCUGCACUGGCUUCCUGUUGCUCACAGAAUAGACUUUAAAACAACUCUGCUUGUGUACAAGUCUUUUCAUGGUCUUGCGCCACGACAUGUUAGAACCACAUAAACCAUCUUGAGCUUUGAGAAGCUCAGGGAGUGGUCGCCUGCGAGUCAGGACUAAACACGGUGAAGCUGCGUUUCAGUUUUAUGCUACCACAAUGUGAUACAAUCUUUCAGAUGUGCGACA